AGUCGUCGUUCGACGUUUACUUCAAGCGUACUUUCACAUAGUGACGCAAUACGAUGACGUCGCGACAAUGCUCGCGCGUAAUAACGAGAAUAACGUGAUAUUUCAGGGGCCAAAUUUUUCGCCAUCGCAAGUAUGCGUCUCCAGACACUUUUUGGCUUAUUGUUCGUCGUAUGCGUGCUAGUCGUAAGGGAUGCUUCCGGCCACGGAAGACUGAUCGAGCCGCCCUCGAGGGCCUCGAUGUGGAGGUACGGCUUCGACACGCCGCACGAUUACAACGAUAACGAGUGCUACUGUGGCGGAUUCACCAGACAGUGGCAACGGAAUAAAGGGAAAUGUGGAAUCUGCGGGGACCCCUGGGACUCCAGAACGCCACGUACACACGAGACAGGGGGGAAAUACGGAAACGGCGUGAUUACAAGAAAAUACCGAACUGGCUCGGUGAUACCGGUCCAUGUGGAGCUUACGGCGAACCACCACGGCUAUUUCGAGUUUCGUACGUGCGCGAUGACCUACAAGGACAAGGAAGUCACCCAGGAUUGUUUGGACCAGUAUCUCCUACGGGCGGAGAACGGGUCGAUCAGAUAUUAUCCAGGCCCAGGGAAUAGGAUUUUCGAGGCCUUCUAUAAACUACCAGACGACCUGACCUGUGCUCAAUGCGUUUUUCAAUGGAGAUACAUCGCUGGAAAUAAUUGGGGCGACUGUGGAAACGGAACAGGAGCUGUGGGUUGUGGUCCGCAGGAAGAAUUUCGUGCCUGCGCUGAUAUCACCAUAGGCGAUGACGUGGAGCCCCUACCACCGAGACCACCGAAGGAGCCAACAGUUCCUGGCGAGAAAUCCCCAACGGAACCAACACUGGUGCCCAAAUCCCAUGGGCCCCACUGGCUGUUCAGUAUCGUCAUCGCUGGUACGUGCCUGCUGGUUGUGCUGGCGGCUAUGGCGUUGCUUUACUCGUACUACUAUCACGCUGGCAGAGCCAAAAAGUGGCUCAUGGCGAGGCGAUUACUGGCACCUGAAAGUCCACCUGUCGCUCCACCGAGGCAUAAAAGACACACAUCCCAUGCACCAUUGCAGCUGUAGAAAGACAUUUGCGUUUCACGUAGGAUGAGCAUGAAGAAUGUAAAAGGAAACGAGAGAUUGACGUGGUUUUGUGACAACUGUUCUGUGAAUACUUUUUCAGGAACAUUUAAAGUGGGUUCUUUUUAUACGAUUUUAUAAAAGUCACUAAAACCAAGACCAGAUUCAUCGUUUAGAACGACACGGACGGUCGUUCUGAUUUGUUAUUACAAUUUACCUGUACUGCCCUCGCCCGUUACUUCCAAGACAUUUGGAAUAAUUCCAACGACUUUUCUGCCGUGCGUGUUUUUGUAAUAUGUAGUGAUGUACGCAUGACAAAAAAGUUGUUUUUAUUUGCGUUUAGUAUAAUGCGUUCUACGCCUGGCACACAUUUUCAUCUUGUGUAUAUAAACUGUCUUACAUUAAAUGUAUUUAUUUUCUACAAAGUGGUGAUCCCUGGUUUUCCCUAUCACUUAACGCUUCGCUAAUUAUUUGUAGUUCACCGCGUUCAAGGUUGCAGUUCGUGGUGUGUACAUCUCAAACUUAACGGUAUCAAAUAAACAAGGUAUCAAAGAACCA